AUGGAAAAUGAAAAUAGUAAUCUUUUUUAAUAAAAUUUAAACGAAAUUAUUGUAACUUGCAUCAAUUAAUAAGCAGAUAAGAAAAUUUACAUAAAAGAUGUAGAAUAGCUUUCUAAAGUUAUUCUAAAUUAGAGCAAUUUAAUUGUAAGUAAUAUCUAAAAUGUGUGCAUGCUAGAUGAUUAGAGCUAAAACAUUUAAUCUUAGUAUGUUAAUAUUUAAAAUUAAUAUAAGUAAAAAUUCUACUUUAGACAUUCAUUAAGACUAAAUGUAGCUUUGGAAAAUUUCUGCUUAUUAGCUUCAAAUAAAAACAAUUAAAAUUAUACAAUUUUAGGAAGUGAUUUUAAGCUCUAAAAUUUAUUCCCAUAUUAAAUAGAUAUUUAUAAGAAACUGAUUUUAAAUGAAAAAUUUAUAACUUAAAUGGUUGAAUAAUAUUUAAAUCCACUUUAUCCAGCAAAUUUCAUAAUUAAUAAUCAUAUCAUACUUCUGACAAUUAAGUUAAUUUAAGCCAAAAAUGAAAAAUAACUAUUUUCUGAAGAAGAAUAAGCAAAAAUUGAAAAAAUUGAUUCAAUCUUAAAAAACGAAUAACUUAAAGAAAAAUAUUUGACUUUCAACAAUAUGUUAAGCAUAGAGCUAAAACACGAUUUAUAAUAUAUGGUCAAAAUAAACGAAAUUAUUUCAGAAUAUCUCAAUCAAAAAGAAUGA